AUGGCGGUUCCGGUGUCUCCCGGACGGGAUGUGUUCGCGGAGGGUUUGUUGGAGCUCCUGAAGCCGGCCGUACAACAGCUGGACUGCCAUGUACACGCCGUGCGGGAGAGUCAGGUGGAUCUCCGGGAGCACAUUGACAGCCUGGCGUCCGAACUCUGCAAGAUCAACGAGGACCAGAAGGUGGCGCUGGACCUGGACCCCUACGUGAAGAAGCUGCUGAACGCCCGGCGCAGGGUCGUCCUGGUGAACAACAUCCUGCAGAACGCACAGGAGCGUCUGAGGCGCCUGAACCACAGCGUGGCCAAAGAGACGGCACGGAGGAGGGCCAUGCUGGAGACGGGAGCGCACCAUUCCCCGACCUCCCCCAACAAGUGA